AUGUCAAUUAGUAAUAGACCAUAUGAAUUUAAAUGUGUUAAUGAAAAGAUUUGUUCAACUGAUCCAGUUUAUAGAUAUUUCAUGAAAUCAUUACUUCCAUCUCAAAAACAACCAAAUGGAAGAUAUUUUGAUAUUUGUAUGAUUCGAGUUAAUUCUCUUGAUAAUUCACAUAUUGAUUUAUGUUAUCAUGCUCUUCCAACUCAAGUUAUUGCAUUAUAUUAUACUCCAAUUGAUUCACAAUUACAAAAAUUAAAACCAAAUGAAGAUUAUUGUGGAUAUUAUUUCUUCCCUUAUGAUAUCGUUGAACAACAUCAAUCCUAUUUUGGUGGGUUUAAUUGCAUUUAUUAUGAUAUUGAUUGGGAUGAUUCUAGUUAUCUUAAAAAUAUGGUUGAUGGUUUUGAUUAUCAAUACGUUAAUAAAUCAACUGGAAAACAAAACUUUGAUGAAGUACAUUUUGUUGCCUCAGCACCAUUUAUUAAUCAACGCUAUUAA